ACCAGUCCACGUGAGGACCUGAAGAUUAACACACGCAAAGCCGAGCCCUGCAGCUCCCCUAGAAGCCAGGACUGAGGGAUCCCGAGAGGCGCCCCCAGAGCUCCGAAGGCUCCUCCCUCGUCCCGCAGUCCUGCGCCCCACCGCCCUGCGUUGGCCUCACCUGUCAAACCGAUCUGUCACUGCCUGCAGGACCCAGCCCUUCCUCGCCUUCUGCCAGGCCCCAGGCCCGCGGCGACACUGAGAAGAUGGGCAGCCGGCCCCGCAGCCCCAGCGCCUCCCCUGCGGACCAGUGGGGACCGCAGCCCGGAGGACCGGGCCCUGCUAAGCGCCGGCGAAUGGAGGAGCCCGCGGGCCACGAGUUCGAGGAGGCGUCCGGCCCGGACAACGUGACAGGAACCCCGGCCACAGGCGCACUCACCUCCCUGGUGGUUCUGGCCGACGGCUGUGCCCUGCACGUGCCCCUGGACGACGUCGACCUGGUGCUGGAGCCCGAGCCAACGUCCGUGAUGCAGGUGUCUCUCGGAGAUCGCAUCCUCAUGCUGGUCCCUCGAUCUCUCCUGGGCUCUGGCAUUGAAAUCCUGGGAGGGCAGGGCCACUCAGCUCUUGUCCUGGAACAGGGCGGUUUCCCGAGCGGUCUCAAGGAGUGCAUCGCCCUCGAGCAGGGAUUCUUCUAUGGAUCUGUCCCAGAGAUCGCUGGCCAAGAAGAGGUCUACGGGGAGGACGCAGACGCCGAGUUCCUUUUGGCUGGGAUGGAUGCAGCAGCCAGCUCAGUUACUGGGCUCCUCCUCUCCGCUGGAAGGGCGUCCGACCCCAAACUGUUGGGCCUAGUCCCAGAGCCCUCGCCUUGGGGCCCCAACACUAGUCCAGAGAGACGCUCUCCUCACCACGACGACAACCUGGACCUCCACCUUCCGGAGCCCUUCCCCGACUCACCACUCCAACCUCUACCUCCCUCUCCUUGUCCAGGUCCUCACGAGCGCCCCCAAUGCCCGCUUGGUACUCCGUGCAAGGCCUAGAGAUGCCUGUUCCAGGAAUGAACUUCCUCCCACAAUUCCUGGCCACCGGCUGCGGACCAGGACAGAGUCUUGCUAAGGGUUGUGUGUACACUGCACACCUGAUAAGAAUCACAACGGACAGAUGCCUUUUGGAUGCACGCUGCGUUUGAAAAUUUUGCAUCCAUGGCUGACUAAAACCCCGGGAAGAAAGCUCACCUGGGCAAAGAAAAGCCUCUUGAAAUACGUGUGCUUUCAGACAGCCCGGCAGCUGCUUAGAUUUUCUCUAGGCAGGGCACCUUUAAGCAGUUCUAUCCCCCCACCCCCUGUUUCCCUUCAAACCCAGGUGCCAGCACUUUUCUCUAAAGAGCCAUCCUUUCCCGGGUACCCUACCACUGCC